CGUGCUUCUGCUGCUGCAUGCAGCUUGGGAGACGUUGCAGCUCUGACAGCAUUCACCCAUUCAUGGACACUGAAAACACAUGGCACAUGAUGUUGAGAGUGCUGAGAGCAACAACAACAGCAGCAGCCACCUUGGCAUUGACAAUACCAGACACAGUUUAAGAGAAACCCCCUGUAGCGUCAUAAGUGCCAGCAGCAAUCAUUGGGCGCAAGCUGGGAGGACCACUGCCGCUAGCCUUUCUUGCCUCGUUAUCCGAAGACAGCAGCUUUGACAUGGGUUGUUCUUCGGGCCGCCAGACCCCAGCCCCAGUCCUUCACCCGGACCUUGACUGCAGCAACAACAGCGAGGCUAACACUUUACCCCAAGACUCUGAGAACCAGAAUGAGGGUUUGAACGGCCUUGGAGAAGGAGGAGACCUGGAAAGGAGCAUUGGAAGAGACAAACCUCCAGAGACUCUCCCCACGCUGGAGCGACUUGCCCAGGCUACAGGCGGGACAGAGAAGUCCUGGUAUCGCUGCGUGUUUCCGUUUGGCGUGAUAUCACUAGUGAUUGGCAUGGCAGGCACUGGGGUGACAUUCACCUUUAACACACUGCUCCAGACCAAAGUGGUGUCGGUGGCACUGCUCUGUGCUGGUGUAUUGAUGCUGCUUGUGGCUGCAGUUUGCUGGAGGGCUCACAGACUGAGGAGGAAGAAAAAAAAGGAAAGCGGAUUCUUCACUGCCGAUCAGGGCACUUUCUGAUGGACAAUCAGAUCCUCAUUAGUCUGAGAAGAGGAAUUCAAGUUGGACUUUUGCGAGGACAAACUGAAUGAGUAGAAUGAGAUGUGAGGACAUCUAUACGUUUUCUCUCUGCACUAGGGUAGAAGAGUUGGAUAAUAUUGAAAAUGUUAUUGUACCGGGGAAACUUUGUGAGAGUGAGUCAUUAUUCUGAAAAUGCCACAUUGGGAAGAGCAUCAUCCCCAUCCUGAGCAGAUAAAAAUUGUUAACUAUGCUUCAGUCUAAAAAUACCCCUUUCCUCUUCUAUUCAUUCCUUUUAUGGAUUUACCUGGGGAUCCAGUGGUGCACAGAGCCCUGAGCACAUUGUAGAUCACAGCUCCGCGGCUGAGCUCUUUAAGUAAGGAGAAAUGUAUAAGUGAUGGGCAUCUCAGGAAUAGUAAUUCAACACCUCCUGCGUCUCUGUCAACAGCCUGACAUUGCACCUUGAACUUCAAGUCCUGGAAGUGGUGUGUCUGUGUGACACAGAAGGUGUUAUGAUCAGAUCUGCCUGCCAAGAACAUCUGCCUUUGCUUAUUUUUUGAGUCCAGUGCAGUUGAUUGAUAGAGAUAGUUUCAAUAACUGAAAGAGAGGCUCACAGCAGCAAGUAUAGAACCUGGCAUUGCUUGUAGAAAUGAAUGAAACAUAUUUUGCCCUUUCUUACAAAACCACUGUUGAGGUUCCCUUUUGCACCACUUAGUCUCCAACUGUUCCUUAUGUGAGAGAUUGCAUCUUAAAUGGAAGCGGGCGAAUUAAAAUCACGCAAAAAGAUUGAGCUUGCUCUGAAAGUUUUUCCAGGGUGACAGAUUCUAAACACAGGCGCCCUCUUUUUCAUAUUCCUCUUGUUUCUGUCAACAGUCCAAUUUAGCAUUAUCAGGCACAAAGGUCAACACUUUUCUCUCCUGCCACCAAGCUGUGCUGGAUCAAUAGAAAUCAGUGCUCUGCAGAGUAUUAAGCUUCAGAGGCAAUGGGAUACAUUUUCAGUACCUGCAAUGAAAUUGCUUUUCCCUUGCACUUCUGGGCUUGAGAUGACUUGAGCAUAGUAUGACAAGGAAAUCCCCUUUGCAGACACACCAUAGUGACACACAGAAUAACAAAGACAAAGUGUUUAACAGCCUCAUCCUUACCUACUUGAUCUCUCUGAUCCCUGCCUCCUGCUGAGGCAAAAAGAGGCAACACCAUUGAGGUGAACAGUGUGUGUGUGUUUGUGGGUGGGGGUGGUGGGGGGUUGUUAUACUGUUGUUUGUAUAGAUGACUGGAUGUGAGUAAUGGACAUCAAAACAACUCUUCUCUGUGGGCCCAGGGGGCUUAACCAGAUGUAACCUGUAAUCCCUUUAUAAAUCAAGUUAGUCCUUCUCCCUCUUUUUUGAGGAGCUCAAAUGUAGCAAUGUUAGCCACAUAAUCUAUAUCGGUGUAUGGUCCUUAGCAGCGGGUGAUGUGCUUUUGAGGAAGACCCAGCAGCCUCAUGAUCUUGUAUUUGACUGAUAUCCUAUAACUUAAAUGUUUACUGGGAAUCACAAGUGGUCAUUUUUGCAAGGUUACUGUGUAGUGCAGCAGCUCCAGAAGUAUGAUUAUGUCUGUGCAUCAAAGCUACACAAUUUUUUAUUUUAAUGUGGUUUCCUACUCUCUUGUUUAUCCAGUUUCACUGUUUGCUCAUAAAACCCAAGCUGAUGUGAGGUAAUCUCUUUCAGUAUUGAUGCAUUCAUUUGUGUGCAGAUUUAUCCUGAAAUACUGAGUAUUCUUACAAAUGACAUAUCAUAAAUACUAUAAGUAUUGUGUUUAACUACAA